AUGGUUCUAAUUUGUAGAGGCCCCGGUUUGUUAAGGUUUAGUCUGCCCCUAGUUUCGCAGAAGAAUUUCGCUUACUGGCACGCAGACUGGAAACCAAAACCCUUUCCCACCACCCCGGCUCAGCGCGAAGCUGCGGCAAAAAAAUACGGCCUCCUGCCUGAGGACUAUGAAACCUACGAACCCGACGGGAACUGUCCCGGCGACUAUCCCAAGUUAGAACCAUUCAACGAACUUCAUCGUGAUCCCUACGAACACUAUGAUUACGGACAUUUGAAGAGGAACUAUAAUGAACCUAUUCCUUGGUUCUGGGAUUUUUAUGGCCCUAUGGGCUACGACAAUUAUCAACAGCAACUACGUUACAAUGAACCACGCUGGCGAACUCUAAUUAGGUUCAUCGCUCCAGUGUUUAUCCUCUUCCCUCUCUUCUACCUUGGAGAUAUGUACAAACUUUUUCGUCCUAUGAUGCCAAAACAAUACCCCUCCAAUGGUCGUGAUAACUACACCUUCGAGCCAGCUGACGAGUGA